UUCCACUUUUCCAAGUCGCUGUUUCGUGCCAGGCCUCGAUGAACACAGGAGUCUUGCUUGACGGCGAAUGUUUUCUUCCCAGGCCUCCUCCCCCUGGCCAUAAUUUCCAAUGAUUACAAGCCCAAGUAACGCGCUUUAGAUACACUGAUCAAACGCCUCCCCCUCUUCCUGGAGAGCGCUUCCACACCCUCGUGCUUGCUUAUCGCAUGGAACAAGGCCCUGACCACCGAGUAGGGGUUCCUUCUUCCGAUGCUCCUCGCCUCCCCGCACUCCACACCCAUAAUCCUCAGCAUGUCGUUUAUCAUUCGCCCCUCCUUAUGUGGUCGGUUGGGUUGACCCGCCUGGAUAUAGAUGCGGCAAUUGUUGUGCUUCCCGUACAGGUCGGUGGUGAUGCACCGGUUGCGGUAGAGAUCGAUGUGGAUGAGGUUUUUCUUGGCAGCCCUAUAGGCCCGUAUCUGCGCCUCCUCCAGGGUCGCGCCUUUCCCCACGCCCCAGCCUCCGCAGCCUUUCAGGUUGCCUACGAGCACCAGAGCGCGAUAGGAGAGAAUGUGCCCCCCCUUGAUGAUCUUCUGCGUCGUGUCUGUGUCCACCAGCAUCUUCACCCACUUGCCCUCCGGAUGGAUGGCGAAGGGAUUGACGUCUCUUCCCGCGUAACUUUCUUCCUCUUUCUCCUCCUCUUCUUCCUGGACAUCUUUCCCGCUCCCCUUUGCCCCUGGCUCUGCCACCCCGAGCCCCCCAGGCUUCGACGCGGCGGCCUCGCCCCCCUCCAUCCCCGCCUC